ACAACAAAUAUGUGUCUCCACAACCCCAUAAAUGCCGAUGUAUGUUCUCUGACAGCUUUACUACCAUUUGAAAUUGAGGAAAGUUAAGGGUUGUAGUGUUAAUUCCACAAGGCUUAUGCUUAUUGUGUACAGUAUGGUUGUACAUCAGUGUUAUGAGUGGACCCCUUUGUGUAGUGCUUUAAUGGGCCGAACUUUUUAGACUGUUUAAAAACACACAAAAAAAAUUAAAAAAUGAAAUCGCAAAUCGCAUCUACAAGCCAUGGUACUCUCAUACAGGGUUCUGAGUACUGCAAAGCCACAAGGAACUGCCGAAACCUCCCAUGCUCUGCUGCCUCUUGCCAUUACAUUGUGCGAUAUAGUCAUUAAAUCAUUUAUUUGAAGUUACAACAAUACCUAGAGAAAUCAUGUACUGGAUGAUAAAAUUCUUUUUCCAAUGAAACAUUUUCGCCCUCACCCAUUACUGUUCAUCUGUAGAAUAUCAAGUACUGACUCCACCUUCCCAGGUGAGUUUCAGCAUGAAUCUCCUGAAUGUGUGGGCGUGCACAGAUCAUGCUUGAUAGACAUCUCUGUGACUCUCCUGUUAGUUUUGGUACACCUGUUAGGGCGGGACUUACAGCCUCCACACUUUGAUAUAAGAACUUUGGUGAUCUCAGAAAAGUCUCAGUGUAGCUUCACAUAACUUUAGUCUUAAAGUCCAGUCACAUUUACCUUCAGUCCACCAAAUAAGCCUCCCUCUCUGAAAAAGGCUGAAAUGUCACAGGUCUAACAUAUGAAAUAAAUCCUGAGCAGAGCGAUUGUGAACAUGAAUCCGCUAGUGUAAUAUUGUACCUAACAGUGUACGUAUACUGUCAAAAUAAUGACUUCAUUAUUUUCAAAGUGGAUUCGCAGUUUCUGUUGGCUGAACUUGCAAAUUUGCACAAUCUGAUUAAUUAAAUUUGUCCACUGUAUGUACGUCAGCUGAAGUCAGUGGGAGAUGGAGGAAAUAUUUGCAGAGAUUAGUGCUAGUGUGACUGCAACUGAAAGCUGUGGUCAUACAAGAUUUUUUCUGAAGAUUUUUUCUGACGUGCAAGACGCUGGCAUUCAUUACCCAUUAAGUGUCUGAGAAUUCAGACACUUAUGAACCGUUGUGUUUUUGCGACAUCACUGAGAGGUGUAGUGUUGCAUGACUGUUCAUUUUCACAUGUAUAAAAUGCAGAGCAAUGUAUUUUGCCAUGGACACUACUUUUUUUUUUUUCUGGGAAUUUUUUAGGGCACUAUGUAGUGGAUAAAAUUCACACUCAGAAUUUGGACACUCAAAUAAAAUGGGGGACAGUGGAUAUAAUACACCAUAUAAUAAAUAGGAAGACAGAUUUUGGACAUAAUCCUUUUGUUGGUUGAUUCAACACAGCUUUCUGCUUAUACGCGUAUAUCUGGCACACAUGUGCGUUUGGCUAAUUCGAGUUAUAGUCAGUAAACUGUGCUGUUGCCGAGCUGUUGGAAUAGAUGCAUCCUAACUAAAGCUGAGCAGACACUGUGCAUUUUUUCAUUAAUCUUGGAUGGAUCAGUUGACCAGACAGACAUGGGUACUCAUACUGAACAUAAGCUUGGAACCUCCGGUUGGUUUUGUCCAUUGACAAUUCCAAUAUAGUUUAUUUAAACAAAGUGACCGUGACAGUGUUGACAAGAAGAGAGAAAGUCAGCAUUACUUUGUGCAAUUCUACCACUAUGAACAAAAAGUAAGGAGAAAAUCGGACCAUGGAACUAAUCAAACUGCAGACAGCCAACCGACACUGUUGACUUGCCAGCUAUCCAACCAAUCCUCACAGAGCCAGAUCAUUGAUCGUCCAAGCCAGUAAUCAGAUGUCGUACCUUCCCUCAAACUGCACAUCAAACAACAACCAAUCCACCAGAAAUUCAGUCAAUUUCUGAAAUUUGUCAGGGGCUUCGAAAUCAAGGUGAAAAUUAGGCUUAAUGUUUUAAGUACAGUGCAAUUGAAGUUGGUUGAUUAGGGACUUUAAGGCUCUGUAAUAUACACUGAAGCACUGUCAUUCUGCUAAAUUGAGAAUUACAAAAAAUGUGUUGCCUUUUCUAGGUAGUAGAAGUCUUUUCAAUAUUUUUCAAACAUGGUUGAGCUGAACCGCAUCUACUUUAAUUAUUUACUUUCUCCUCUACUGCCACUUUUCUUUGUGUUUCUCUCCCUGCCUCCAACUCCCCUCGUACCUCUCUACUGUUAUUUCUUUAGGUACAGCCAGUGCUUUGAAAAUCUGCUCCGUGUGGGUUUUUACUUUAUCAAUGAUUGACAUCUCGGAGUACAUAGACCUCAACUGAUUUCUCCAGCCUGCUAUGUCACCACUGCAGGCUUGUUGCCCAGUUGGUGGUAGGACCUCCUUAGUUUGUAUUCAUUUGCUUAAGCUAUUCGUUUUGGCCGAAUGCCACAGGCAGAGAAGGAGAAACUGCUGGCGGAGUUCUCAUCUGACAUGGAUCACAUGCACCCGGAGGCAGCAGAUCUGAGGGCUCUGGCCCGGCAUCUGUACGAGGCCUAUCUGAAAUACUUCCCCCUCACCAAGGCCAAGGCCAGGGCCAUCCUCUCUGGGAAGACCGGAGACAACGCGCCUUUUGUCAUCCAUGACAUGAAGUCUUUAAUGGAAGGAGAGCAGUUUAUUAACUGCCGGCAGAUGCCCAUCCAGGAGCACCAGCAGCAGACCUCUGCUCUCACCGCCGGACACGGAGGGGUCACAGGAGUUCAUAUGGGAUCAGAGUGUGGCGUUUUGGGAAUGGCAGGCAUCAGCGGACAGGGACCAACGGACGCUGUGGAGCUACGUUUCUUCCACAGCUGUCAGUCACGCUCGGCUGAAGCAGUGAGAGAAGUGACAGAGUUCGCCAAGAGUAUCCCGGGAUUCAUUGAUCUGGAUCUGAAUGAUCAGGUAACGUUGCUGAAGUAUGGUGUGAUAGAGGUUUUGAUCAUCAUGAUGGCACCGCUGAUGAACAAAGAUGGGACCCUGAUCUCCUAUGGACAGAUCUUCAUGACGCGGGAGUUCCUCAAGAGUCUCAGGAAACCUUUCUGUCAAAUGAUGGAGCCAAAGUUUGAGUUCUCCGUUAAGUUCAACACGCUGGAGCUGGACGACAGCGACAUGGCACUGUUUCUGGCUGUCAUUAUCCUCAGUGGGGACCGCCCAGGCCUUCUAAAUGUGAAGCCCAUCGAGCAGCUUCAGGAGACAGUGCUUCAUUCGCUGGAGCUGCAGCUGAAGCUAAACCACCCGGACUCUCUCCAGCUGUUUGCCAAGCUGCUCCAGAAGAUGACCGACCUGCGUCAGAUCGUCACGGACCACGUCCACCUCAUCCAGCUGCUGAAGAAGACUGAGGUGGACAUGUGCUUACACCCACUGCUGCAGGAGAUCAUGAAGGACUUGUAUUAG